GAGGUGUCAGUUCUUUUCGCUUUCACUUUGUUACUUCGAAUUUUCAAAAAGCACCUGCAAUUAAAAAAGAAAAAUAAUUUAUACUAGUAUUUUAGUAUAUUUCCUUUUCUUCCUUGUUUGUUGUCUAAAAGGAUAUGAGGCUGUAAGCGUCAUACAGUGGUUUCUCAUGCAGUGAAUGCUUAUUGAACGAUUAACUUUGUCCUUAAUGAAUAUAAUUUUUUAUAUUGUACGUUGACUUUCAAGUAUGGAUCCAAUCCUCGAAGCGACAUUAAUAGAAAUGAUGAAUGUUGUUCGCUCUGAUUAUGAAAGACAAAAGAAAUUGUCUGAUGGAACACUGUCAAUGUUAUCAUUUCUAUUUGAUUUUACUGCAGUUCAAGCUUUAGAUUUAAUUGAUCAUCGAUGUGUAUCGCACAUUACUUCACCAAGUGGUCGAGAACUAUACAAAGUACAAAAAAAUACCACAGAAUUUCAUAUUUGUUUGAAAAAUAGUAACUAUUGUACAUGUCCAUCAUUUGUAUUUCAUGUUUUAAAAAAAGAUCAGUUAAUGUGCAAACAUAAAUUGGCUGUUAUGUUAAGUAUAGCUAUGAAUCUGUGUAAGGAAGUGCAAUACGCAGAUGAAACUGUUACUUUAAUGCUAAUGGGAGAAAACAGCUGAGCCUGAUAUUUUUUAAUGUUAUUGUCUUUCAUUUUAUUCAAUGUUUAAUAAAUUUUGUAUUUUAACUA